AUGGACGAGUUCAAGAAUCUUGACAGCUUGAAACCUUUCUUCGAUACAGCCUAUGGCUUCGUUGUAUUUGGUAGUGUAGCCAAGGCUGGAGUAGGCGUUGGAGGAGCUGCUGGCAGUGGAACGGUCUAUGUGAACAACAAGAACGGUACCGAGACCUGCGUGGGAAUUUCCAAUUUGGUCCAACUGAGUGUGGGCAUUCAAUUGGGAGGGCAAGUGUUCAGUGAGAUUAUCUUCUUUGAGACAGAGAAGGAUUUCCAAGCCUUCACUGCAGGCAAUUUUGAAUUGGGUGCUGACGCCAGUGUGGUUGUCCUGACGGCUCACGUCAAUGUGGAUCUUCACUAUUCCAAGGGGCUGGCUACUUUCGUCACAAUUCAAGGUGGACUCAUGUAUGAAGUCUCAAUCAGCGGUCAGAAAUUCACGUAUACACCCUCCGUCAAGGGGUAG